AUGGAUUUCAAAAUCCCCGCCCUUUGUAAAGCUGGUGUUGUCAUCAAUGAAGGACCGAACUUCCACGUCGAAGUUCAGGAUGUACCUGUGCCAGAAAUAGGGCCGAAUGAUAUCUUGAUUCGCCUCAAUUUCACCGGCGUUUGCAAUACCGACAUCCAUGUGAUGCAGGGUGAUCUUGGCUUACCACCCAUGUCUGCAUUUGGAGUACGUUCCGCCGGGCACGAGGGUGCCGGCGUUGUUGUCAAAGUCGGAGACAAUGUUAAGAACUUCAAGUUGGGUGAUAGAGCCGGAGUCACGCCUUUUCUGGAUACGUGCCAUUCAUGUGGCUUGUGCUGGGAUAGUAAGGAGACAUACUGCAAGGAUGCUGUUAUCUCUGGUUUAAUGGCACCAGGGACAUUUCAACAAUAUAUCGCAGCCCCAGGGCGAUAUGCUUCUCGCAUUCCCGAUGGAGUCCCUGACGAGGUUGCUGCUCCCAUAAUGUGCAGUGGCAGCACAGUUUAUCGGUCACUACUAGAGUCAAAUCUUCGAGCUGGUUCUUGGGUGGUUUUCCCCGGUGGAGGUGGUGGUGUGGGCACUCAAGGGGUGCAACUGGCCAAAGCACUGGGUAUGCGACCUAUUGUGGUCGAUACAGGAGACGCCAAGCGCUCGCUUUCUUUGAAACUGGGAGCAGAAGCGUUUGUUGAUUUUAAGCAGGAAGAUCCUGUAGAAGCCGUCAUCAAAAUUGCAGACAGAGUUGGUGUGCACGGUGUCUUCGUGACAGCUUCAGCACCGGAGGUGUACAAGACUGCGAUUUCAUACGUUGGAGAUCGGAUAGGAGGUGUCAUCAUGUGUAUCGCGGUCCCUCCAAAAGACGCGGUUGUUUUGGGUGCAGACCCGGGACAAUUUGUCUUCAAAAAUCUGACCAUCAAGGGGACUAUGGCGGGCAGUCGGUUGGACACCGCUGCUGUGCUGGACUUUGCUAGGCGUGGAAUGCUGCAACAGAUCAGCGAGGUUUAUCCCAUCAAUCGACUUCCUGAGGCUGUGGAUAGACUGCGCGAAGCCCAAGUGGCUGGACGUAUUGUGGUAAACUUCAACUGGGAGGAGUCAUCAAAAUUAUGA